AUGUGUUUUUCAGAUACAUGCCUAUCGUUGCUAACGCUUUCUUGAAAAAGCGUUUGCAUCCUGGAAACAAUAUUUCCACCUAGGAAGUAAACAUGGUUUUGAAGUUUAUUAAGGAAAUAAUUUUUCUCUUUAUGACUAUGUUUGGCACCCUUGGGAACGUGUCUGUUUCCAUGAAUUAUAUGUUCAGGUGGUGGGGAGGGCCUGAGAAGAAGCCCCUACACCUGAUUCUCAUCCACUUGGCUUUUACCAACAUCAUAAUCCUUCUUUCAAGAGGAUUGCAAAAGACAAUAGCUGCUUUUGGAUUGAUAAACUUCCUAGAUGACAUGGGCUGUAAGAUCCUCGUUUACCUGGAGAGGGUGGCCCGUGGCCUCUCCAUCUGCACCAGCAGUCUCCUCACUGUGGUCCAGGCCAUCAUCAUUAGUCCCAGAGCAUCUGGGUGGAGGAGGCUCAGGCCAAAGUCUGCAUGGCACAUCCUUCCAUUCUUCUUAUGCUUUUGGAUACUCAAUGCUUUAAUAAGUAUGAACCUAAUCAGUUCUCUUAGAAGUACAACUCUGAAUAUGUCACAGAUUAAGGAUGGUUACAAUUAUUGCUAUUUUAUGCCAGAAAGUCAGAAAAUGAAAUGGAUUUUUCUCCCUCUCAUGGUCCUGAGAGAUGCAGUGUUUCAGGGUGCCAUGGGAGGGGCCAGUGGCUACAUGAUAUUUCUUCUCCACAAGCACCACCAGCAUGUCCUCUACCUUCACAACUCCAAGCUUCUUUACAGAACUCCCCCUGAGCUGAGAGCUGCUCAAAGUGUCCUCGUUUUGAUGCUCUGUUUUGUUUUCUUUUACUGGACUGAUUGUGCCUUUUCUCUAUUUUUAAGUCUUUCUUUAGGGGACUAUUCUUUGGUGAUAAAUAUUCAAGAAUUUCUGAUCCUUGGUUAUGCAAUUUUCAGCCCCCUUGUGCUGAUUCACAGAGAUAGACUUCAGGCUAAAUGUUGGUAUGGUCAGUGA